UCAUCGUGCCCUGCUGCUUUCUCGGAGCACGCAAAUGGGUUUGCGAGAUGCGGACGACAAUUGCUUGUCACAGGUGCCGAAAGGCCAAGGUCAAAUGCAAGCACACCGGGUUGUCUCCGUGCGAAGCUUGCCUCAGAGGCGGUACAGAAACAAGCUGCAUCUUGACGGGUCCACCCACCAAACGCCAAGUCACAUCCUCCCUUGCAGCUGCGAGGAGGAGACGACAACUAAGAUUAGCAAAUUCACCAGGGCCGGAUGCUGAUCGAGUAGAGCGGCCCUCUGAUGCUACUGGUGAUUUAUCAAUGUUUUUAGCUGCCAUCCCCAGGCAGACUCUCGCAAAAGCUCUGUCAAACUUUCGAACUCAGUUCCCUGAAUAUGGCUUCAUACAUCCGUCGGACUUGGAUAUCCGACAAGACCAACUGUCCGACGCUAAGGUAAUGAAGCUCAUGGCGAUUAUUGCCGUCUCACAUCGAUAUAGCGGAGACAGCGACUGUCUCGGAGCAGAGUGUGCAGCUAGGGUGAUGCACGGGAUCCAGUCGCGGCUUCAUAGUUCUCCCUGUCUUGACCUCAUCCAGACAGUCUUGAUCAUGGCUCUACACCAGUGGGGCGAAGGUGAAGGAUACAGUGCUUGGAUGAAUACUGGCAUUGCGGUUCGAAUGGCCCAAGUAUCCCUUGUUUCAAGCUUGUCAAUGCAACACCUAGGACAGGGGUCACAAAGGGAAACCAAGCCCGUAUUCGAGAAAGAGAUUCGAACAGUAUGGACAUGCUUUGUUAUUGAUAGACUACUAAGUUGCGGAAAACAACGCCCGGCAGUGCUGAUGCUCGACAAUAUGGACAUACCCCGUCCGUGCAAUGAUGAGGAAUUCGCAUUCGGUGCUUCCGAGACUCAAACACAACCCACAACUCCAAAGGAUCCGAGUCUUCCUUCGGGGCUUGGCAAUAACUUUCGAACCAUUGUUGACGGAAUGGAAAUCUGGUCGAGAAUCCACGGAUGGGUUGUUGAAGGCGGACGAAAGCAUCCAGGAAUGACUGAGCCGGAACAUUGUCCCUGGCAGCCAACGUCUCACUGGGCCUGCAUGAAGCGCGACCUUGAACGAUGGAGAAACAGCCAGCACAUCACUCUCAAGUACCCCGACACAAAGAUCACCACCCAAAUCCACCUUCGACGAGGCGAGGUUUUCGCAUACAUCAACCUUAUAUACUAUCUCAGUCUAGUCUUCCUCUGUCGCGAGUAUAUACCGUUUCUUCCACUAGGAGAGCUGGGCCCCCGUGGGCCGCUUGAUCUGCCGCUACUGAAGGACACCGCUCCCAGUGGGUUCUGGGAGAGCAACUCGGCCGAGUUAUUCACUGCCGCUGUACACAUGACGGAUAUCAUGCGCUCUCUUCGGGAUUCCGAUGCUUCAAUUUACACGCCUUUCACUGGUCUCUGUGCUUUUACAUCGGCUCUCAUGAACCUUUACGCCGCCGCUUUCCCAAGCAUGACUGGUGGAGUUGACACUUCAAUCACCACAUCACUUGCCAGCGAAAAUAUGAUUGAUCUCAAAAGAAUAUCUGCAUUAUGGAAAGUGGGAGAGGAGUGGUUGGACGUCGUCGAUACGGCACAAACUCUGUAUAGCCAGAUGUCCUCUAUGGAAGAACAACUCGACAUCAUGAGGUCUCGAGACGACUAUCUUGACCUGGAAAGCUCAAUCAACUUGGCAAAGCUGAAAGGGUUGCCUUCCAGAGUACUACACCCAUCGCCAACACAGGAUCCUCCGGAUCAUGAUGUAACGGGGGUUACAUCAACGCCAAACGUACAACACCCAACUCCACAACCUCCCGCUGACAUUGUUUCAAACUUUGGGGUGCCAGAGGCUAUUAAUGUGCCGCUGGGGUCGGACAUAACUGGUAUGAGCGAGGACAGUUGGCGCCUGUGGUCAUUUUGGGAUAACCCACAUUUACUCUCUAUUGAACAGUGAACGACAUGCAGUAUUUUAAU